AUGUCAGAUGAAAGUGAAUGUGAAGAGUUUUUAAGUAUCGUGAAAUUAUCUUUACAAGAAGACAAAGACCAUGUUCACGUAUUGGUUAUUAUCGGGGCUUCUGGUGACCUGGCGAAGAAGAAAACCUAUCCAACUUUAUGGUGGUUGUUUCGAGAUGGUUUAUUGCCUCCCCGAACAUACUUUGUUGGGUUUGCAAGGUCUGAUAUAAGUGUAGAAGACAUUAAAGAAGCGAGUGAAAAGUAUAUGAAGCUUCAUUCAUCUCCGUGUCAAAAAUGUGAAGAAUUUUGGCAGUGUAAUUCUUAUGUGAGAGGCGAUUAUACAAAUCCUGUAACAUUUGAAGCAUUGAAUAGAUUUAUAGAAGAUAAGUGGGGACAAGAUGUUAAUCGUAUAUUUUACUACGCUAUACCACCAUCCGUAUACAAACCUGUUUCAGUAUCUAUUAAAGAAUAUUGUAUGGCUAAAAGCUCUGGAACAUGGACUCGUUUAAUCAUUGAAAAACCUUUUGGUCAAGAUUUAAAAUCGUUUAAUGAAUUGAAUUCUGAGUUAGCUUCACUUUUUACAGAAGAACAGAUUUAUCGAAUCGAUCAUUAUUUGGGCAAAGAAAUGGUGCAAAAUUUACUCAUUUUACGAUUCUGUAAUCAAGUCUUUAGCCCAUUAUGGAAUCGUGAAAAUAUUGACAAUAUUACAAUAUCAUUUAAGGAGCCUUUUGGAACUGAAGGCCGUGGGGGAUAUUUUGAUCAGUUUGGAAUAAUUCGUGAUGUUGUUCAAAAUCACCUUAUCCAAAUCCUUUCAUUGGUGGCAAUGGAAAAACCUGUUUCUGUCAAUGCAGAUGAUAUUCGUGAUGAGAAGGUCCGUGUUCUUCGAAGCAUUGAACCUUUGACAAUAGAUGAUAUUGUGAUUGGUCAGUAUAUUGCCGAUCCAAAUGCAAAAUCACCACCUGCUUCGUUAUCGUACACAGAUGACCCAUCAGUUCCUAAAGAUUCAAUAACUCCUACUUAUGUUUGUGCUGUGUUGUAUGUGAAAAAUGAUCGUUGGAAAGGUGUUCCAUUCAUUCUAAGGGCUGGAAAAGCACUAAAUGAAAGAAAAGCAGAGGUCAGAGUUCAGUUUAGAGAGCCUUAUGUUCAUAUAUUUGGUUCCGAUGAGGUUCCACGAAAUGAAUUAGUCAUACGUGUACAACCUAAUGAAGCAGUUUAUAUCAAAAUGAAUGUUAAAUCUCCUGGAAUGAAAAUUCAGACAGAAGUAACAGAACUAGAUUUAACUUAUGCUAACAGAUAUAAACAUAUCAAAUUACCAGAUGCUUAUGAAAGAUUAAUUCUGGAUGUAUUUUGUGGAGUUCAAACAAACUUUGUACGUAGUGAUGAGUUACGUGAGGCUUGGCGCAUAUUAACACCAAUUUUAAACUAUUUACAAGAGAAUAAGAUCAAACCAUAUCCAUAUACUUAUGGAAGUCGUAAUGGUCCUAAAGAAGCGGAUGUUUUGUGCAAACGAGCAGGUUUUCAAUAUUCUGGGAAAUAUGUUUGGAAAUCAAGUGGAAGAAAUAGCCCACUACAAUCGACAUAA